AUGAACUACUACAGGCUGCUGGCCAUAGCUUGCCUGUGUUCAGCCUCCAUUUGCCAGGGCGGCUCGGUCUUUGAUUUCGUUACACAGUCUGCUCCACAAUUGGAUGAGGUGACCGCAAAACCCGUUGCCAGUCGAGACAUCACUAUCGGACCCUGUAAAUGGGCCAUUGGACGCAGCUGUCCCGAUCCUGAUGUCAAAUACUAUAUUUACACGCGUCAAAAUGUCAUGGAUCGUCAGAAUCUGCACAUUGGCGAGUCCGCAGAGCAAUCGAAUCUCACCAACUCCAACUUCAAUCCAAGAAAUCCCACCAAAAUACUCAUACAUGGCUACAACUCCGAUAUGUUCCUGAGUCCGUUGCAACAAAUGCGAGAUGAAUACCUAGCCAAAGGUGAUUACAACAUAAUCUAUGUGGACUGGAGUGUGCUGGCGCCGGGCCCUUGCUACAUAAGCGCCGUACACAAUACGCGGCAGACGGGCGCCUGUACGGCGCAGCUGAUCGAGCGUCUGGUGGAGAUGAACAAUACGGAUAUACACAUCAUUGGCUUCUCGCUGGGCGCCCAGGUCCCCAACUAUAUAGCACGCAAUUUGAAAUCAUUUCAGCUGCCGCGCAUCACCGGACUGGAUCCUGCGAUGCCAUUGUUCAUUACCGCCGGCCUCAAUGACAAGUUGGAUCCCAGCGAUGCGGCAUUUGUGGACGUGAUACACACGAAUGCCCUGGUGCAGGGCAAGCUGGAGCGUUGCGGUCAUGCUGAUUUCUAUAUGAAUGGCGGCAUUUCGCAGCCGGGAUGCUCGGGACCACAGUGGAUGAAUUCCUUUGCCUGCAGCCAUCAGCGCGCCAAUGCAUAUUACCUCGAGUCCAUACGCUCGCCCAAGGGCUUCUGGGGCUGGGCCUGCAGUAGCUACAUAUCCUACCUGCUGGGCAUGUGUCCGCCCACAAACUAUCUGCUGGAGGCCGGUGACAAUGUACGGCCCGGCACGCGUGGCAUGUUUCUGAUAGACACCAACGACACCUCGCCCUAUGCGCUGGGCAAGUGGACGGAUCUGCCCACGCUUGGUGUCAAGCGUCCACGCACACCUCCGCUGCCGCAUCGCAUACCAAUGCAGGCUGUUGAUCCGCUGCUGCAGCACAUCGAUCCGUUCGGCAAGCUGGCCUACAAUUUCAAUAAUCUGCCAAGCACACCAGAUACGCACGACCUCUAUGAGCACUGGACCAGCUACAGUCCACCACAAAUUGGGGAAAGCGAGAGUGAUGACUCCAUCGAGGAGCAGGAUGUAGGCUCGGGCGAUUUUGCAGAGCUGCCGGAUGAUCGUCAGCUGAGGAACCCACUAAACUGGUGGGAUUACAGGCGCAAUCUUACCUAUGGCUACAUAGACAACGAUAUAUUCAGCACGCCGAACGUGCACUAACCACACACCACAAAUGCUUAGUUCCCUUCCCUUGCCCCAUAACCCAUAGAGGAUCUGAAAGACUCUCCCAUGCAUAUAACAUUCCAAGUAAUGAUAAUUUAACUGAAC